CAGGUGCACCACGAUAUUUGGAACACGAAUUGUACAUGCUAAGGUCUUGCCCUAUGGUGUUGUAAUUUAUUUGCGCCAUGAUUUUCGGUGUUAAAAGUGGAAUCUUUUUAUGCAUUUUAUUAAUUCUGUUUGUUCAGUGUGUUGUAACAACAGAAAACAUAUCGGAUGACAAGUGUAAGGACCUUGACGAAAAAGAUGUAAAAUGGAUCUACUAUGAAAAGACAGAUUCUUGCUACCAUUUGUAUGAAGGAAGGUUGUGGGAUAAAUUAUCCUGGUACGAGGCUGAUGAUUACUGUGCAUUGUUUGAUGCUCAUCUAGUUUCAAUACAUUCGAAGGAAGAAAACGAGUUUCUGGUGAAUCUGAUCAAAAAGAAUAAGUUUUAUUCGUCUUCUACUUAUUGGAUCGGUCUUCAUGCUCUUGGAAUAGAUGGCCAGUUUGAGUGGUCAGACGGCACUUUGACCGAUUACCGAAACUGGGAAUCAAAAGAUCACGAAGUCCAGGCAGAAGAUAAAUGUGUUUUUCUUUAUUAUAAAUCCGGUAAAUGGAAGGAUGGAAAUUGCCAAAAAAAUGUUGAUGGUUAUAUCUGCAAAAGACUGAACAAUGUGGGUCCAUCUCCGAGACCAACACCAAAUCCUACACCUAUGCCUGGAAACUGUCCCAAAGACUGGUCGGCUUACGGAGACAAAUGCUUUCAGUUUCGAGGAGAUUCAGAAGUUACAAAGUUACCAUGGCGAACUGCUCUUAAAACAUGCAGAGAUAUAGGAGACAAUCACGAUCUUGCGUCCAUCCACAGUUUAGGAGAGCAGAUGUUUUUGACUGCUCUAAUGGGACCACACAAGAGCGCCGCCUGGAUUGGACUUACUCAGUUGGAGAAUAACAACAAUUACGGUUGGUCAGAUAACAGUAGGUUUGACUUCCAAUGGUGGGGUCCCAGUGAGCCAAGCGGCUACAAUGAAAAAUGUGUAGAAAUGAUGUCAUCAAACACAAAAAUCGGAAAAUGGAAUGACUACGUUUGUGAUCGAAAGCAAAGCUACAUUUGUCAGAGAUAUAAAGAUCCACAAAUCACCACUCCGCCGCCUUCUGAAACAGAUUGCUCCUCGCGAGGUAGGGGUUACGUAGGAUAUCAGAAAUCUUGUUACAAGCUUAUCCAGAAAGAAAAGAAAUCUUGGCAAGAUGCUGAAAAUGAGUGUGCAAAAGAAAAAGGCCACCUAGUAUCAGUCACAAGUCCAUACGAACAAGCUUUUCUACAUUCAGUGCUCAUGUCAACGAACGAUACGGUCUGGAAUGGAUUGUAUUCUCAGAAAGAUGAGGGACGUUUCCGAUGGAUCGACACGUGGCCUGUCUAUUAUACAAACUGGGGCCCAAGACAGCCAGAGAAUCCAUCUACCAAUGGUACCAGCUGCGUAGCUUUUGACAAAGAUAAACAGUGGAAAGUUCUUCCUUGUGAACUGGAAAAUGCUUUCAUCUGUAAAGUUACAGAUAUAAUACCUCCAAUAAUCGAUAUUCCUGCUAAUGGUGGAACCUGUCCGGAUCAUCUGAGUUCUUGGCUGAACAUCCAGGGUCCAUAUUGUUUCUAUAUCGAACAAGACACAUAUAACCUGAAGACGUGGGGCGAUGCAUCCCUAUUCUGCCGCAGAAAAGGUGGUUAUGAAUGGGAAGACGGCUCUGCUGUAGACUUUACCUAUUGGGCUAAAGAUGAACCCUCGAACCCAGAUACACAGUUGUGUGUGGAAAUGUACCAACAUGACUCGAGGUGGAACGAUGAAAAAUGUUAUUAUAAAAAAAGUUAUAUAUGCCAGGUUGAAAAAGUGCCUCCUAAGCCAACCUGUGAGACGGAUGACGGACAAUGGAAAUACUUUAAAGACACAGAUGCUUGCUACCACGUGAAGAAGGGCAGUUGGAUACAAAAGUACACUUGGUAUGAAGGUGAAGAUUACUGUGCUGAAAAUGGAGGCCAUUUGGUAUCCAUUCAUUCCAAAGAAGAAAACGACUACAUUCAUAAAAUGUUACUAGAAAAAGGGAGUUUUCUGAUGGACUCCUAUUGGAUUGGGUUUCAUUCACUUGGUCUUGAUGGUCAGUUCGAAUGGACAGAUGGAUCCUUAACCGAAUUUAUCAACUGGGACAAUAACAAUGAGCACUUUGAAGCUGAAGAAAAAUGUGUUAUAAUGGACGCUAGUUCUGGGACUUGGAAGGAUCACCAUUGUGACUUGAAAGAAAGUAAUUUAGUUUGUAAGGUACCAAAUAUUAAAAUCGUCACUCCAGCUCCAACAACAGAACCUACGCCCCUUCCUGGAAACUGUCCAUCUGGCUGGUAUACCUUUGGGAACAAAUGUUUUUUCUUCAGCGAGGAGACUGAUGAAGAGGGUGUGACAUGGGAUGAAGCACGUCGGGCCUGUAGGAAAAAAGGACCCAGUCAUGAUCUUGUGUCUAUCCACAGCACAAAGGAACAAAUGUUCUUAACGAGCAUGUUAGGUUACAGUAAUAAAUCAGCUUGGAUCGGACUGCAAAGGCCUAGUAAUGAAUUUGGUCGCUUCAUUUGGUCGGACAAUUCUCGGUUUGACUUUGACUUUUGGGGUCCCGGAGAACCAAGUUCAUAUAAUGAAAGAUGUGUUGAGAUGAUGGGCUCUCCACCCAGUGCUGGUAAAUGGAACGACUACAGAUGCGAAGGAAAAAGAUCUUAUAUUUGCCAACGUUAUAAAGAUCCGAAUUUACCUGAGUCAAAACCUCCCAACUAUCAAGACUGCUCACACCUGGAGCAGGGCUAUGUCGGUUACCGAGAGUCAUGCUACAAGCUGUACAUAGAAGCCAGCCAGGUGAAAUCUUGGAAGGCAGCUGAGGACUUCUGUGUUAGUCAAGGUGGACACCUGACAUCGGUUACUAAUCUCUUCGAUCAGGCUUUUCUCUACAGUUUAUUGGAUGUUACGACCGAAAACGUGUGGAACGGAUUCCAUGCGAAGUUUAGCCAGGACAGAUUCCGAUGGUCAGACAAGUGGCCGGUAUUCUAUACUAAAUGGGCUAAAGGGCAGCCGAGCAGCACCGCCAUCAAUAAAACACGCUGCGUGGCCUUUCAGGAAGUAAACGAAUGGACAGUUCUUCCAUGUGAAGAAAAACGCUCAUUCAUCUGUAAAGUUACAGAGUUGAUACCUCCGAUCAUCGACAUUCCUCACAUAAGCGGAAGAUGUCCGCAAAACUUGGACUCUUGGGUCAAUAUCCAGGGUCCAUAUUGUUUCCACUUCUCUACAGACACCAAAUCCUGGAUCGACGCUUCUGUUUUCUGCAAAAAACUUAGAGGUUCAUUGGCCAGGUUCCAUUCUAUGCCUGAAUUACAACUGAUUCAGCCUUACGUCAGUGGCAGAAGUCAAUCGAUGUGGAUUGGCCUUAUUGAAUCUCACGACGGUGGAUAUGAAUGGGAGAAUGAUAUUGCUGCAGAUUUCUUCAACUGGGAUAUCGGAGAACCUUCUGACCCCGAUAAGGACCACUGUGUGGAGCUGAGGCCUCAAAACUUAAAGUGGAACGAUCAUAGUUGCAGUACAUACAGAAAUUACAUUUGCAUGGCCGAGAAAGGUAAAUAAUUA